CCAACACUUAAACUAACACUUCAAUCGACACAACGAUCAUUUCAAAACCCCUAUCGAUUUGGAAGCAUGUCACAAAUAAGGCAAGUCGGUCAACAAAGGGACAAUCAACAAACAAGUAUACCACAACAAGUACUUGAGUGUAUUUCAUAUCCAUUCACAGCAUGUAUGCCCUCCUCUUCAUCAUUCAGAGAUGCAAAUCACGAUGAACAAAGACAAUCACUAUUGAGAGAUACGACAUACGAAGAUAGUGAUGCAAUCUCACUUUUAUCAAACAUUGCAGACCGAUCGCAUAGAAGAAACAGAGCAUCACGUAGACGUGAAAGAUGGAAUAAUAGUGCUGCUGUUUUAGGUUGUGGAUUGUUUGGAAGACCAAAAGGACAAAUUCAAGCAAGACAACAAACUACAGGAGAUGCAAAUCGAGCGGAAAGACAGGCAACAAAUCAUGCUCGAUCUGCUAGCGUAGACAGUGCAGCAAGUACAGAUGAUGAAAGCGGAAGAGCAAAUAGCUUCGCUGCAGCACAAGAAAGCGGGGAUGAAGAUGCAGGUAUGCUAGCAGAUGAAGCGAUUGCAAAUUUAAGUGUUUCAAGGGAUGAGGAACUUGAACAGCAGCAAGGAAAAGAUGCUACAGACAAAACUAAGAAGGAAGAGGAAGAAGCAGUGGAAGUCGCCAAACGUAAAGAAGAACUUCAAAGACAAGUAGAAGAAACAGCACGGAUAGAAGCGGAAGAUGCAGCAAAACGGAAAGCAGAAGAAGAAGCUCUAGCAGCGGAAGAAGAAGCGGCGAUCGCAAAAGCAAAAAGACGAGCAGAGCGGAAAGCGAUCAAACAGGGCUUGUUAGAAGCAAAAGCACAUGGUCAGAGAAGUGCUCGAAGAAUGACGGAAGCAGAAGCGGAAGCAGCCGCUGGAGGUUUCGACUUUGCUGAAGAAUCUCAGAUGCAAGGUGGAGAGGAUGCUGACUAUGGUUCACAUUACGACCAGCAGAGGUAUCAUGCAAAUCAGGGAGAAUACGGCUUGGCGCAUGGCCCAGAAGGAUACGGUUACGAUGAAUAUGAACAACAGAAUCAACCUGAAGUCGUCCACCACCAUCAUUACUACCAUGAACCAGAACAAGAAGAAUCUGAACAGCCAUAUACUCUUUCUCAGCCUCCGAUUACUUACGUAUCAGAACACAACGAUGGACAAAAGUCUGAAGAAGCUGUUGAUGAAGAUGAGGAAGACGCUGAUAUCGCUGGAAUAGCUUUUAGCAAGAAUCGAAAGAAGCGUCUGGACCGCGGAGGAAGUUAUGGCAGCAGAAGCAAUGGAAGUGGUUCAGGAAGUCGUCAAAGUGGAUCACAGCCAGGUCGAUAUGAAAGAAAUGGUGUCAGGGCUGGUGGAAGCAAUAGUAGUGCCGGAAGGAGAGAAUCGCAUGAUGCUGGCAGCAGCAAUGGCGGUGGAAGUAGCAGUGGAAAAUUCACAUAUCGAGACCGACCAAGACGACAUGAAAGAACAGGUUCACGUAGUGCAGGAUCAGGCAAUGGUCGUGCGCUACGUGAAGGACCAGGAGGGAAAGUGAUCACAAGUCCAACGAUUCCAGAAUCUGAUCAGUCCAACGAUCUUUCUUUCGCAACAAUCACACAGUCGGAUGAUCGUGCAGAUGCUGCUGCUGGAGGAUUUGAUGACUUCUUAUCUCCUCCAACCUCUUCGAAUAAUACCACCUGGACAUCAGAUUGGCGACAAGAUUCAAACGAUCAAUCCAUUCACAUUGGCGGAGGAGGACAGAAGCCAUCGCUCUCUCCUAAUUCAUCCACUUCGGGAAAAGCAGGACGAAGACGUGAAAUGCCAAGGAAGCAAUUCAGUGGCGCACAAAGUGGAAUGGGUGGCUUGAAUGCUCCUAGGAAUCCAGCAGUGGGAAACAUCUUUGGACAACGACAGAGUGAUGAAGACGAAGAUGCACAUCUGGAAGGCCUGUAAUGACAAUGAUUUUUAAUGACUAAUGACAUUCAAACAACAUAAAAGCAGAAAGGGAUGACGAGGAAUAAUAUUUAGAAGCAUAUAUAGACAUGAUACGACGGGAAUAAAAGAGUGUGGG